UUUUAACUAAAAAUUAAUGAUAGUUUCAUAAAUUUGUCUAUAUUUUAAAAUUUUCAUAAAAAGUUUUUGCAAUAAUAGAUUAUAUUGAAAGAAUUUAAUUUGAUUUUAAAGUUUCUUUAUUAUUUAAUUAAUUAGAUUUUAUAAAAUUCUAUGUUUUUUUAAUUUAAUUUAAAUUUUAUUUCUUUUGCGUUUUUUAUUGGUUUUCUAGUUCUAAUAAUUUAUGUGUAUUAGUAUUUAAUAAUAACAAAAACUUAAAAGCCUCAUCAUGAUAAAUUUCUAAAUUUUAUUUUAAUUAUUAACAAUUAUCUUCAUUUUUAUUGGUACUAACUAAAAGUGGAGUUGUUUUAGAACUUAAAUGACCACAAAUGCUUUUUAUUCUUCUUUUAUUAUCUUUAUUUUCUGAUUAAAAUUUGGAAUUAAAAUUUGUACUAAAUAGUGAAUUAAUUUUAAACGGACUUGUGAAUUAUUUAGAUA